AUGACCGAAGAGAACAAAUCCAACCCAAAUGAUAUUAUCAACUCCAGCUUUAAGGCUGACUAUCCUGGGAUUAUGGAUGUCUCACCGAUCGAAAAAGUUCAAGAAUGGCUUUUUAAUUACUAUGCAAGAAUACAGACAGAUACAAAGCCACAGUAUAUUUUCUCCAUGAUUACAUCUGUUUUUCUCUGCAUCCAAUCUAUCUUCCCAGCAUUCGUUUAUCACGCAUAUAAACAAAGAGAAACAUCAGUCAUUGCAUCAAUUCUCAGAUUUUUGUCUGUAAUUUGGAUUGGUGGUGCCACUUUUGAUGGUGCAGAAUACACAUCUAUAGUGUUUUCAUGCAUUACUCUCAUCAUUUUUAGGGUUUUAGUUUUCAGAGCUUAUAUUUAUUCAAGACUGAAAUCAAUGAAGCCCACAGAAAUAGCUCUUGUCUAUGGCAUAUCCACAUUCUUAUUACCAAUUUUACUCUCAUUUACAACUUGCACAAUAGGAGUUUCAAUUGAUUCAUUAGCACGCAAAGGAGCUGAUGCCUUAAAAAUAGUAGCAUUAAUCUUAUCAAUUAUUACAUUUCUCUUACAAGUUUAUGCUCAUUAUACUUUCAUCUCCCCAAGAAUCAUGUUUAUUCGCGAUGUUACUCUUAUGUGGACACCAGGCAGUGCAGCAUUUAUCCCAUUAACCACAGGAAUCUUGUCUGCUUUGUUCACAGCCGCUCUUACAAAUAACGGUGUUCCAGCAACCGUGGAACUUGUUAUUAUGAUCAUAUAUUCCAUCGCCGUAUCCAGCUACUUAUUCCUUGACAGCAUGUUCCUCAAUAAAAUCCUUGGACAUGUCUAUUGCGCAUUAUUAAUCACAAAUGGAACGGCAAACAUCAUAAAUAUUGUUGCCAAUUACGUCAAAAUCGACUAUAAUAUCAUAUUCUUCAUCAUAAUUGUCUUUGUUAUCCUUUCUUAUUUAAUUUUCCAUUUCAUCCAUUCAAAAUUCAGUCAAAUUUCAAUGGUAACUCUUGAUGCAGCCGCUCAGGAUGAAUAUUUCUACGGCAGAAGUGACAACCUCGCCCGUGAUGUUCGAAGAUCUCUUGAUUACUGCUCUCCUGGUGUAUUUAUGUUCCCUCUCUACGAUAAUUUCUUAGAUGACGACAUAACGCAAUGCACCGAUAUGCUUUUCGUGUACGCACGUGUUGUUUCUGCUUUUCCAUCUUACAAAUACAAGUUGGAAGUCAUCAAUGACAAACUCAAGGAGUCAAAGAUCCCUUGCAGACGUAUCCUUAACUUCCAAAUCGACCUCCUAAUGAGCCACAGAAACACUGCUGCAACACAUCAGGUUGUCAAAGCGUUUGAGAACAUAGAAAGCCACUCAAAGAUACUCCUUUUGAACAUUAAAAAAUUCUGGGAGAACGUUUUGCACGGAAAUACUGAUACUUUUUGGGCAAAUAUUCACGGCUUAGAUUUAUUAACUACUGAUUUGAAGAAAGAGCUCAACCAAAUCGUUAAUGAUUACGAGAACUGCCCAGAAGUUAUUUCAUUGGCCGUAAAACUCCACUCUUCCCAGACAUUUAAUUUUGAUGAGGCCAGAAGACUCAGAUCAGACUUAGAUCUCCUCGAGAAAGGCAUUCCAGCCCACAAAGACCGAGCUCUCACCAAUAUGAUGGGUCUUUUCCCCAAUGUUAUGAAUUCUAUUUCGGAUCUUACGAAAGAAAUCGAUAUCGUUGGCACUGCCAUUCAUAGCGAUAUCGACUUUGACCAAAUGAGCAAGAGAGAAGUCACUUCCGACUUAAUAAAGAAUUCAAAACUCGGAAAUUGGGGAAUCAAAGCCCUUUAUUUCGGAAUUGCCGCAAUAAUAACCAUUGGAUUCUAUUUGUUGUUCGUUCUUUUGUUCAAAGAAAGAGCUUUGGACGAAAUAACAAAUACAUUUAGUUUCUUGGUCGAUGCUAACACAUUAUUGCACUCAUUCUCACGCUACUUCUUCACAAAGGUCCUUUACUACGCGUACCAGCAGCCAGAUUCCAUUUUCCUGAAUGAUACAACGACGAUGAAUAUAAUUAGUCCAUUCUGGUAUCCAGCCGGCCAUGCCAAGAUGGUUGACAUCUCAGACCACACUAUUCUCAACAUCGCCAACCAAAUUAGAGAUGGUUUGCAGAACAUGUCAACAGGAUUAGGAGAUCUCGACACUUCAAGAGCCGGAAUUCUUGAUUUUGUUGAUUCCUACAACAACUACAAGUUCAACAGCACAUCACAGACCAUUUCCGAAUCAAUUAUCUCUGUAAUGAUGAUAAAUGAUUAUGAUGAGACAUUUGUUAACACAACUUUUGAAAUUUACGACAAAUUCAAGAGUAUUCUGACAACAAUCUCAUCGAAAUUGACUUUCUUAAGUUCAAUAACAGAAAACAUGAAUUGGAUGGUUUUGUCACUUUUGGUGACAUUUUUUGUAUGGAGUCUGCCAUUGAUGUUAACAUUUUUCAAGAUCACAAUACAGAUGGAAGAAAUUGCCAAUUCCUUCUCAAAGUUGCCAUCCAAUGAAAUCAGGAAAUUGAUAAAUUCUGAUUCUAAAAAAGAUGAAUCAGAAAAUACUUCACUUAUUACGACAUCAAGUAUCAAUUCACUUCGAGGUCCUUUAUAUGUUGGAACAUUUCUUACUGUUGUUCCUGCUGUUGUUUUAUGUUAUGGAUUCUAUUUCUAUACGAAAGGAAUGAUUACUAAUUCCGAUGAUUUCGUAAGAAGUGGUGCUGUUUUAAAGACAGCGAUGUCUGAUUUGAGAAUUUCUUUCUUGGCAACAACAAUUGCAUUCCUUAAUUCUUAUCCUGAUACUAAAUACAACCAAAACAUUGAUUUGGUUAAGAGAUUGUUAUCAUUAAAAGAUAAAAAAGUUGAUGAAGCGAGAUUAUCUAAUUCAUUGCAAUUACUCAAAUCAAAGACACAAAUAGAUAAUUGGAUACGUGUACAGGAAGAUUACAGAUGGUUGUUCUCUCCUUUGGAUGAAUCUGAAGAUAAAAUUCCAAUUGCAAAAGCAAAUUGGGAAAGAUUGGCAAGUUUCGGUUAUAUCCAAAUGUUGGAUACAUUUAUUUUCGUGUCCAAAUUAACACAGCCGCAACAAGCAACAUCGAAAUCGAAUGCUAAUUACAAUGCUUAUUUCUUGUGGUGGGUUUAUGAUGCUGUUGAAUCUGCUUAUUACGAUGUUUUGUCUGAACAAACAUCAAAAGAUUUGCCAAAUGGUCAUCAAGCAGUUCCUGUUUUCAUCGCUUUGUAUGUCAUUUGUACUUUGUUUACUUUAGGUUUCAUUAUCUAUGAAAUCUGGAGAUACACAGAGAACAUAAAAGUCGCAAUGAGAAUGUUGAUUUUGGUUGAUUUGGACAUAAUCAUGGGACAUCAACAACUCUUGAAUUUGAUCCAAUCAGGAAGAAGUUCAAAUGAAGUCCAAAAAUCAGAAUUCAACUAUUCAGAUCAAUACUAUUUGAACCACUGCAGAGAAGGAAUAGCAAUAGUUGAUAAGAACUUGGAUAUUGUUGAAUUUAAUAAUGCUUUCUCGCAAAUGUUGCCGGACUGUAAAAAUGUUAAAGAAUUAUCGUCCGACCAAUUAUCACUUUCAAUUUUCAAUGUGUUUGAAAAUAAAGGUGAAGUGAGAUUUUCAUCUAAUAUUAGUACAACUAAUACAUUAGGUGUUCCUGUCCAUGCCAAUGUUGAUGUUAUUGCUAUGCAUGAUACACGACCAGUUUUGCAAAAUGAAAAUAUUGAAAUCACAAGUUGUGCAAUUAUUUUGCAGGAUGUUUCGAGUUUCAUUGAUAGCGAGCAGAAGAUCAAAGCAAAGCAUAAAGCAAUUACUGAGAUGCUUCUUAAGAUUCUGCCGGAAAGUACAUUGAACGAUCUCCAGAAUGGACAAGAUUCAGUUUCAUUCACUGUUCACUCUAUUUCUGUUGGUGGAAUUCAGAUCAUCAUCAAUUCAGAAAUGGAUGUCCAACAGAAAUUCAGGUUCUACGCGACAUUGUACAAAGGAUUCGAUGAAUUGAUGAAACAGUUCUCGACAUUGAACAAACUCAAAACAUUCGCAGGUCAAUACAUAUACACAGGUGGUUUGUUCAUGUCUAUCAACAAACCAGAAAAACACGCAGAAGAAAGUGUUAAAUUUGUUGUUGAAUUGUUGAAAGCAUUACCAUCAUUGAAACAAGCCCUGGAAGCAGAUUUCUCACUUAAGAUUGGAAUUCACACAGGUGGCCCAGUCAUUGCAGGUGUUUUAUCUCCAGAUUUCCCAAGUUUCCAGAUAUUAGGAAAUGUUGAUAAAUUCGCUGAGAAGAUGACGAAAGUCUGCGAACUCGACAAAGUUCGAGUCACUCGAUCUGUCUACGAACUCAUCUUCAGUGCAGGUUUCCGCAUCACCGAGAAUGAACCAAUGAAGAUUGGAACAGAAACAGUUCAAUCGUAUACAAUUGAUGUCAAAUAA